UUGAGAAGGGACCAGGAUUUUCGCUCAUCGCUUCCGAUGAACUUUGGCUGCAUCAGGCUAAAACGGUUUAAAGCAAGAAAUGAAAGCAUAAGAUAUCUGAGCCGAUCUACCGGCGCUGAUCAUAAACUUGAUGACAGCGUGGUGGUGGUGGUCAGAAAUGGGAGAGAGUCUGAUGCCUCUCUUCCAUAUAGGAUGGUAGCCGACAGCUCUGUGGAAGACCAUGACAAGACUAGCCUGUCACUCCAAGGAGUUGAGUUGGAUCACCACCAAGCACCGAGCUUCAGAUCCCUGUCCUGCAGGUUUGCCACGCACUUCCGCGCCUUCAGCUCCAAAGAGGACUGCAGGAUCAUCACAGAGACCGUGUACAAACUUGAACGCUGCAGCUUCUACUGGGGUCCUCUGGGAGUGGAGGAGGCCCACUCCAUGCUGCGGAACACUCCGCUUGGCAGCUUCCUCAUCCGCGACAGCCGACAGAAGGACGUCUUCUUCACGCUAUCCUACCACGCCAAGAGCGGACCAGCGAGUGUGCGCAUCGAGUACAAGCAGCAGAAGUUCUCGCUGGCUGGAAACAAGCGUACGUUUCAGACCCUCUUUGAACUCCUGGAGUAUUACAACACAUCCAAGAAGAGCUUGAAAGCUCCUCAUAGGAAAUGGAAGCCCACACUCCAGGAGCUGUGCAGGGGGCGCAUCAUGGAGCUCUGUGGGGGACUGAAACAUAUCUCGCGGCUGCCAGUCACCCUGGCGGUCCAAAACUUCCUGAUGGAGUUCCCAUACAAGUUGUGACAUGUCAUUUGUUAUGUCAUCUCAGGAGUUUGACAGUGUCACUGAGCGCCACCACCAGAGCCCCAGGCACCACAUUUCCUCAGGGUCAUUCUGCAACUUGGAUUGCAGCAAGUGAAGAAAGUUUAACUUGGCCUCACACCACGUCUACUAGAACUCUGGAGGAAUGGUGGAGGUUUCGAUGGAAGAGCUGAGUCUCAAGUAUUGUACUUGACAUUAUUUAACUAUUUAAUUACAAAUAAAUGGCUGCCAGUGCUUUCAUGAAGCAAAACAUUUUUAUAACCAUUUGAGUUUGAAAUAAAUGAAUACAUUUUUAUCAGAAACUCCUGUGUUCCAGUUGAUGUGUUGAGUGUGGGAGUGA